AUGCGAGCCUCAUGGAGUGUAGCCAUAUCUUGUGCUGGUGAAUCCACUACACCUCAGCAUCCAUGUUUCCAUAAGGUCAGAAGAAUUGAGAGCUUCAUAUUCAACAUUCAACAGCGAGAUGCCCCGUCAUACUGGUACGAGAACAUUGCACACCAAGGUAUCUCGGCCUUUGGACCUAGUGGCUACCAAGUGUAUCGGAAUGUAAAGGAUUUCAGCGCCAAAGGUGAUGGAGCUACAGAUGAUACUGCCGCUAUCAAUGCAGCUAUUAAUGCUGGCGGUCGUUGUGGACAAGGAUGCCCCGGUCCCACUGUCACUCCCGCAGUCGUCUACGUCCCAUCUGGCACUUACAUACUAUUUUCUUCCAUCGUUGAACAAUACUACGCCCAGAUCAUUAGCAAUCCAAAUGACUCUCUGGACCCGAAUUGGGGAACGACAAAUGUAUUUUGGAGACAAGUCCGCAAUUUUGUCUUUGAUUACUCAAAUCUCCCUAUUAAUUCAUCAGUUUGCGGUAUCCACUGGCCAACUUCACAGUCGACCAGUCUGCUGAACCUUGUCUUUCAAAUGAGUUCCUCAUCAGGAACACAACACGUGGGGAUCUUUUCGGAGACCGGUUCUGCCGACUUCAUGAAUGACUUGAUCCUCAAUGGAGGCAACAUCGGUCUCCAGAUUCGCAAUCAACAAUUUACAAUCCGCAACAUUGCAUUCAAUAACGUGGCCACUACAGUCAGUCAACUUUGGAGUUGGGGCUGGCUGUAUCAAGGUCUCAAGAUCAACAAUUGCCAGAGAGGCAUCGACAUUUCAGCAAGUGGCAGGACCGACCAGAAGGUCGACUUCGUUGUUGUCAUUGAUAGCGCGAUCACAAAUACUCCAGUUGCAAGCUGGCGGUGGACUCUUCUGGCCGGAAAGGCUGGCUCCACAACAAUCACGGGAUUGGGGGGAGGGAACCAGUACGUCCCGAACGAACCAAAAAGGUUUCAAGGUGCAUAUGCUCCUCCUACCCAGCCGGCAUUCGACCUUCCAGCUUCUUCAUUUCAAAGUGUUCGAACCGCUGGCGCUGUCGGAGAUGGCAAGACUGAUGAUACUAAUAAUCUCCAGCAUGCCAUUAAUAACGCCUCUGCAGCAGGAAAUUGGACGAGACUGGUCGGCGAGGCUUACCCGAUCAUUAUGUCAAGCGGUAAUUUUUUCAACGACAAGAAUAAUACUAAGCUAGUGGUUCAAGUUGGAAAUGCUGGCCAAUCUGGCCAGGUUGAGUGGCCUGAUAUGAUUGUGAGCACCCAAGGCGCCCAAGUUGGAGUCAUUUCCAUCGAAUGGAACCUUGCAGCAUCAGGGACACCUUCUGGCAUGUGGGAUGUGCAUGUCAGGAUUGGGGGUUUCGCUGUAUCCAAUCUUCAGGUUCCUCAGUGUCCAAAAAUUCCUGGGAAUCCUACCGUAAAUGGAGCCUGCAUUGCAGCUUACAUGCUGAUGCACGUCACUUCCUCGGCUUCGAAUUUUUACAUGGAGAAUUACCAACUAGCCAGCACUCGUGAUCUCUUUAUGGGUUUCAUUCAGACCGAGACACCAUAUUACCAGCCAACGCCCGUUGUUCCUACUCCGUUCAGUGCUGUUCCAGCACCUAGCGACCCCGACUUUGCCUCAUCUUGCUCUGUGCAGUCCGGAAAUUGCGCUGAGGCUUGGGGCUUGCGUAUCGUCAACUCUAAGGACGUUUUCAUCUACGGUGCAGGACUUUACUCAUUCUUCAACGACUAUAGCAUCACUUCUUCCAACAGCGGUGGUCCAGAGAACUGCCAAACCAAUAUCUUCAGCCUCGAAGGUAGCGUUAGUAACAUCAAUGUGUAUUGCCUCAGCACAGUCGGCACAGCCAACAUGAUCACCCAGAACGGUAAAAGUCUAGCAUCGUAUAGUGACAACGUCGAUGUGUUUCCCGACACCAUUGCACUUUUCACUACCGACGUAGUCCCUCCUACAAGCUCAUCACUCCUUGGAUGGAACUACCGCGGUGGCUACACCGAUGCUUGGGCACGUUCGUUAGGAAACCUUGUAGAGGUUCUGGGUGGAGCUGCUGCCAAUACUAUCGAAGCAUGCGUUGAGUAUAGCUUCGAAUGCUAUUGCGAUAAUGCUCUUCGCAAUGGCGGAGGCCCGGCCCCCGAAGGAGAUAAACAAUGCACUACGCCCUGCAGUGGCAAAAAUGGAGAAAUCUGUGGCGGAACAUUUGCGACUCCUCUUGGCCAUGCUCCAGCUCCAGGAUGGAACUUUAAGGGCUGCUUUACUGAUAGCCCUUGUUCGGGCAAUUCAACUGAGGUUCGUGAUGGUGGUAAUAGGUUGGAUUUAUAUACCUAUGGCUUUUAG